CAGUAUUUAGAUUUUAGAAGUGGUGUCAAAACAUUCAGCAGCGAGAACUUGGACGGUACCGGAUGUAGUACAAUAUCUACAUGGUGUACUGAAGACUAUUGCUCAUGCAGAUCUCAUUGCAGUGAUCUCACUAAUAUGGGAGUUGCUUCGUCGACGAGCACGUCAACUCUCGCGGAGAAUGUUACAUUGCUUCGGCUUGUUGGCACACAACCAGUGUUGGUCGACGACCCCUUAUGGGACGACCUGGUUCAGUUCCAAUUAGUGUUGCCUCGGGUUUGUGGAAAGAAUGGUCAAAUAUUUGAGAAUGAAGUGAAGAAUCUUUGUAUGAAGUUCGCACAGAACUGCUUAGAAAGUGGCAACUUCAGGUCUUUAGUUGAAUUGCUAGGAAAAUAUGUGAGACACAUUUCGACCUCGGAGCAGCUUGUGGGUGUGGUGAGUGAAGGGGGGGGUUUGAAUACGACUAUGUCCUCGGCUUCAAAGCAAAGUAAAAUCAGCAAUGCAAACGGUAAAGCCACUAAACAGUUGCAAACAAAGGAGAACGAAAGGCAUGUAUGGUACCUGCAUAACGUGUUGUUGAUCUUGCGAGUAUUUUGUAAGUACGUGUUAGAUAAUGAGGAAGAGGAUCUAGUCGAACAGAUAUUUGAGUGUCGAUCAGUCGUUGAGUACAAUUCUGAUAGCAAGACACCCUCAGCCGGUUGCAGCAAGAAUAAUGGCACACUCGCGGUCUAUUUGUUGCAACUAUGGGCCAUUAUCGUAGACGUCGAGGUAACGGGGUUGACCUUUGGGAUAGUAUUAGAAGCCACCACCUCUUUGCUGGUGUUGCUUUCACAUAGACUGUACCACAUUCUUGCAGAUAAGCACGAUUGCGUGUCUCAACACGUACUAAUAAACACGAGUGUAGGAAUGGGCGGGAGUAAGGAAGUUUCGUCAGGACUUCCCGCCGCGUCCUCGCUGCGUGCUGGAUCGGUCACCAGUUGUAUAUUAACGAAAGGAACUGAGCGUCGUGACAGCGAAUGCAAUAGUACAGAAUUUCAUGGAGUAGAUGUGUAUGACAUUACACACGCACUACUAAAUAAUUUUAUGGAGAAUAAAUCAGCGCCAGAACGGCCUCGUAGCUUUUUGUCGUCUCUGUGGAGUGGUGGCAGUACAAAUUCUGCAGUAAAUGGGGACAGCAGUGGACAAAACACAUACGACGUCGACGCUACCCUAACAUUCCCAUUUCUAAUCCAAGAGAGUAGUGAGAGCACGGUGAGUCUCAGUAAAGAAAACCUGUUGCUGUUGCUAACACUGAAUUGUCAUCGUGGGAGUGCGGAGUCUGUGAUGGGCGUGCGAGCCGCUGUGGUGAACGAGGAUAUUCCUGUUGAUGAGAGUACAAUAGCAAGCAUAGAAGAUCAGUGUGUGUAUGCCCGCACACGGAGGAUAUCGAGCAAGAUCGACAUGAGCCUUCUGGAAGAAUUCAAAUUAAUGAGAAAAUAUAAGUUUCCGCACGCAAUAGCGACUAUGAAGAAUAAUGAAACGGCGAUCGCCAUAACGGAGUCAUUCGCCACAAAUAUGAAUUGGCGCCACAAAGCAGUAUCAUUUGCGCGAUUGUAUCGUAGCCUGUGUGGACGCGUGGGCGAAGAGGAAGAGGUUGCAAUCUUAUUGUAUAUUUUGUUGAGCGAUAACAUCGAGUUCAGAGCCUUCAUAUUGAGCCGGACAGAUCUAGAGAAUCUGACCAUACCGCUGUUGAAAGUGCUUCUAAGCGAGAGUACGGCUAUUGAAGGCAGCAAUCCAGAAAGAGCUUACGUGGUGCUAUGUAUACUACUGAUAAUCAGCCAGGACGCGUCGUACAAUGCGUUCGUUCACGACACGGUUGUUGCAGACAUCUCCUGGUUCAAAGAAAAAUCACUAACCGAUGUUCCCUUGGGGAGUAUUAUUGUGCUGAUCCUGGUCAGAGUAAUGCAGGACAACCUGGUGAAGGAGAAGGAUGCAUAUCUACAGACGGUGUCGUUGGCUAUUUUAGCCAAUAUGUCAUCCGGAUUUAAGAAUCUCCACGUUUUUGCCGCACAACGGGUCAUCAGGUUAUUCGAUAUCCUAACUCGCAAAUUUCAGAAGAUUGAUGGUUUUCACCGCUUAUCGGCCCUGGAAGCUGACUUUCUGAAUACACAGGAUGAAGAGGGCCUCCAGAUCGAGUCAAGUUUGGAAUCAGAUGUGCUGAUAUAUGCGGACUUUCUGCGGAUAAUGCUUGAGAUUAUUGGAAGCACUUUCACGGCCAACCUCUCCACGAAUCCACAUUUGAUCUACAAUUUGUUACAAAAACGAGAUAUACUGGAUAAAUUCCACGUGAGCAACCAUUUUCUGGAUAUUCUUGUGAACAUAGAAGCGCUACUGGAUUACUUUCAGGCGAAGAUUGAGGUGUUGCCACACAACUCAAUUACGAACUACGACACAGUUUUCCAAUGCAUUAUUGACUCUGCAAAGGGCUUCUCAAACAAAUUACUUGAGCCAUUGCCACAGCUCUCGUUUCAACAAGCGGAAGAUUGCACCACGAGUGAUUUUUUCCAGACCUACGUGUGGUCUCUUGUCGUCCGAUCAGCGCCUGUUUUCUGGGAUAGGAGCCGCAUUGUUUUCUAUGAUGCGUUGAAAAUGCAACCCUUCAGUGGUGCGAAGUGAGUAGCGCAAAAAAUGUAAAAAAAGGCAAAAUAUAAUUCUACUUCGCCUGUUACCGGAACUUGAGUGAGCCGAAGUCAAAGAUCACAAAGCCGAUGUAAACGCGACUUGCGAUUCCUAACGAGCUAGUAUAAACUUCUCCCUUCGAAACAUG